UGUACAUCCUAUACAACAUGUAUGCAGAGAGCACAUUCAAACAGUGAACAACAGCGUUAAGGGAUAACAUCAGUGGUGUCAACAACGACAGUUGUGGGACAAACAAAGUAGGAAACUUUAUCAGAGAACAAAGAAGCAGUGAUUGUUCAAGACACGCAGUAAAUCGUACUCACUAGACUAUAUUGUGACUUAUCUGAUGAUGAAAAUAAUUGAUAUUAAAAUAACACUCACGGUGCCUUGUUAAAAUGUUUUAGUUUCCUUCGAGACAACAUCAAGAUUUCCAAGAAAUACAGAGACUGAGAAGCCAGACUAGAACAUGUCUGCCACCAGCGUACCACCGCCCGACCUUCUGUGGUUUAGAUACUUCCAUGCAUUAAAAACAUAUGGCCGCGACGCGUUGUGUGCAGUGUUCCAACUGUCUUACCAAGGAGGAUACCCUAUCAAGACGUAUCUCAUCGAUAUCCUUGGCUAUAGCAACACACAGCUUAGGAAAAAUUUUGAUAUCCAUCAAAGAGUAAAACUUGAGUCUAGUAUACCUGAUAUCAAUAAGUUUGACAUUACACUCCUAUAUUCCCUCCUUCAGAAAGUGUGUGGUUUUGCAAACAUAAACGACACCAAAUGGACGACUCCACCAUCAGAUGGAACAUCACUGGAAUACAACUUAUUUAGAAUUAAAAAGCUACGUAAUGAAAUAUCACAUGAAAACGAACAUUUUACGCAGCAUAUUCUUGACAUCAAGUUGACUCAUCUUCAGCAGCUCAUAGAGGACACAUUCCAAGAGGCUUAUACUGUCUUCAAGCAGAGCAGCCAGCUUGAAGUAAAAUUGUCAGUGGUAAAAAAUUAUUUUGAUGGAUUACGAACCAAGAUUAGGGAACCAGCAGACUUGAAAGAAAUUCAGAAAGAAAUGGAAGUUUACAGACGGGAAAUAGAGCUAGAAAUCAAGGAAAAUAGUUGGGAUGAAUUGUGUACACAAUUCUCAGUUACAUGUCAGGUAGAUCCAGUGCCCUGGCUGCACCUCGGAGUGGAAAUUAAACCAAGUGUUCUCUUCACAGAACCUACACUUGUCGAAGACGAGGUGAUGUGUGCACGGCCGCACCAGACGCAACAGGUUCGUGUCGUUAAAUGUAAUGAAGUUAUCAGCUUUAAGUGUCGUGACGGUUCAUCACCGGACGUUCUCUUGCUAACAGGUGAGGGUGGUAUAGGCAAAACUACUUUCUUGAAGUUUGUGGUAGAGACGUGGACUGAAGAACCUAAGGUUAUGCAAUCCCUGGAUAAGGUAGAAGUUCUCCUAUAUUCACAGUGUCGAGGGUCAAACAUUCAGACCUUUGACCAGCUGCUCCAAGACCUACUUCAUGAAACUUAUCUGAGGUCUGGUGUUAGCUUCGAGUUUUUCAAAGAAAUAAUUAAAGCUAACAAAAUUCUUAUCAUAGUUGAUGGGUUUGAUGAGUACAAUGAAGCUUCGUUUAAGCUAGUGAAAGAUAUUGUGAGUAUGGCAAGCAAUAAUAUGCAAGUCCUAUUGACCACAAGACCUGGCAGUGCAGACCAACUCACUGCACUUAUACCGCAAGGUAAGCGCAUCCUACACCUUGUCCUUAAGGGAAUCCCCCAAAGCUUGCACUUCAACUUUGUGGAAAACAUGAUAAACACUCUUGUUAGUGAAGUAAACCAAAGAUAUAGCAUCAAGACCAAACUUAAUGACAAACUUUACCAGUUAAGAGAGCACCUAGGCGACCACCUCAACAACCCGCUGACAUUAACAAUUUUAACCCUGUUGUGGGUGGAUUGCCCUGACAAACUCAACACGCUCACUACCUCUACAGACCUUUACUAUGAAAUAGGGGAACUCUUGACAUCUAAACUGGUGGACCGACUGAUGGCGAGAGGAGUUUGUAAUCCCAAAGAAAAAUGCAAUUCCUUCUUGAUUUUUUACGACUACAUGGCAUUACAGUGUAUACAGAGAAGGGAGUAUGAGCUCCAGGAAAACACCAUAAACUUUUUAAAGCAGAAGUGUGAUGAGCUUCACCUACCUCAUGAAGAUGUCCUGUCCACAUAUUUUGGUAGGAAGCGAACACGGCAAGGUCUUAUUCCUCGAUGGAUUUGGUCAUUCUUGCAUCUCAGAUUUCAGGAAUAUAGUGUAAGCAGGAGUGUUGUUAGAAGGUUGUUAAGUGAAACUAAUCUGGUCUCCAGUGCUGCCAGUAUGAGUCAUGAUGCUGACCCCAGUAUUGUCAGCAAGAGUCCUAGUGCUGACUACAGUAUCACCAGCACUGGUCAUGAUGCUACCAUGGUGGUGAACAACGUAAUAAAGAAGGUACUGUCACCAGGAUGCAAGGGAGAAAAAAGUGCUUGGGUUCAGGGCAACAGCACCUUCCAGUCAGUGCUGUUCAACAUGACGGGCCUCCUCGCCAGGAUAGGACAACACCAACUGAACAGAUAUGCCCAUGACAUUGUCCAGCUGAUAGGUGAUGACAAUCCCCUUUUCAGGUUGACUGGAAAGAUCAAUAUUGAUAACUAUCUUCACCAUGUGGUGGAAUCUAAAAUGAACGGCGAGAUGAUCAAAGAAGUUGUUACAGUUUUAGCUGACUUUAGUACAUGGUCCACACAUGGCUCCUACAUUUGUGGUCUCUCAUCAGUUCUUGCUUUCCAAAUGCCUCAGACUAUAGAAAUAACUAUAAAAAAUGAUCCAGCACUCAGCCCUGGACUUGACGAUACGCUUGUUGCAUUGUCUCACCAGAAAAUAUCCGUCAAACUCCAUAUUCAGUAUCACUUUAAUGAUUCCGGUUGCAGUGACAACUUCCUACACGCUAUAAGACAUGGGGGAAAGUGCACAAUGGAGGAGUUUCAUGGCCAGUUAUCAGAAGACAAAAUGGUGUUGCUGCCAUCUACCUUAUGGGACCUUAGGCUUCGGGGCACCACGGAGCAGUUACCAGCAUUGACAGCUACACUACCUAGAAUCAAGGGCCUGCGUGCAUUCUGUAAUUAUGAUCCUUUUGUUAGUUUCUCUUGUAUACUCGAUCCGUGACUAAUUUGUUUAUUGAAGUAUUAUUUAUGCAUAAACACACACACACACAUGUAUGCACGGUAUGCAUGUCCAUGUACGAGAGCAAGACUGAAUGAUGCUUGAAUAAUGUGAAUCACAAUAAACUCAUAGGCCAAAGAUCAUUUACUGUCUAAUAAGUUCUAAAAUGUUCAUAAAAGUAAUUGCGUAAAUCAGUAUCUGCCUCACCCCUAGCAUGUUUCACACAUAUGCUUAAUUACUUAAUUGAUUCGGAAUUUUUAUCAUGAUCAGUUUGACGAUAGGCAGUAAUCAAAGAUAUCAAUAAACACAUCGAAGAGUUAUAGAGUUUCUUAGAAUGAAGUGA